UCUGUUGGGAUGCGGAUCUUUGCGGGACCUCUGCUCGCCGCCUAACACCGCUUGAUCCCUUCAAAGUUGCAGCAGGGCACACAUCGGUGAAGGAUCUUGUCCUGCUUCAUCCUUGUUUCUCAGAGAACUCGCUGUGUGUGGAGUCGGGCCGGCACAGGAUCACCGCCUCACCGGGACUGCACCACCGCCAUGUCCAAUUUUUGACGCAAAAUCAGCUUGAGGGGUUUUUUUUUUCCUCCGAAAAGAAAGUUCAGAACGAUCUCAUGCUCCCGUCGUCCCUGCCUGUGAUUUCCGUAUGAGAUUCGCCAGCACCAGGCAGAGCUGGCCUGGACCACUGACUUUCAACUUCAAGGACAAAAUCUAAGUUCUUGGAUAGAAACAAAAAAAAGUAUUUUAAGGACGCAAAAAAAAAAAAAAAACCCUCAAGUUUGUCUCGGAGCAGCUCUUGUGGCCUUUCCCAUCAGCCAUGCAGGUGUCCUUUGCGUGCACGGACCACGGGCUGAAGGCCCCGCGCAACGGCGAGCACAGCAAGCAGAACGCCACCAGCCCCAACACAGCGAGCCAGGCCCGCGCCCGCUUCCGCACCGUGGCCCUGAUAGCUCGCAGCCUGGGCUCCUUCACCCACCGCUACCACCACAACCUCAAGGAGUCCACCGCCAAGCUCACCGGCAUGAAGUACCGGAACCUGGGGAAAUCUGGGUUGCGUGUCUCCUGUCUGGGGCUCGGCACAUGGGUCACAUUUGGAGGUCAGAUCUCUGAUGAGGUGGCAGAGCAGCUAAUGACGAUCGCCUACGAGAGCGGGGUCAACCUGUUCGACACGGCGGAGGUCUACUCCGGGGGGAAAGCCGAGAUAAUCCUGGGAAACAUCAUCAAGAAAAAGUGCUGGAGGAGAUCCAGCCUGGUGAUCACCACAAAGCUGUACUGGGGUGGAAAAGCGGAGACGGAGCGAGGCCUCAACAGAAAACACAUCAUUGAAGGUUUAAAGGGCUCCCUCCAGAGGAUGCAACUCGAGUACGUGGAUGUGGUCUUUGCCAACCGGCCAGACAGCAACACACCCAUGGAGGAGAUAGUGAGAGCAAUGACACAUGUGAUCAACCAGGGCAUGUCCAUGUACUGGGGCACAUCCCGGUGGUCCGCCAUGGAGAUCAUGGAAGCAUACUCUGUGGCCAGGCAGUUCAAUCUAAUUCCACCCGUGUGUGAGCAGGCAGAGUAUCACUUCUUCCAGAGGGACAAAGUGGAAACUCAGCUGCCAGAGCUCUACCAUAAGAUAGGUGUGGGUGUCGUCUCUUGGUCACCUCUGGCCUGUGGAAUCAUUACUGGGAAGUAUGAGAACGGCGUCCCAGAUUCCUCCAGGGCCUCAAUGAAGCCAUACCAGUGGUUGAAGGACAAAAUAAUGAGUGAGGAUGGGAGGAAACAGCAAGCCAAGCUAAAGGAUCUGGCUCAUAUCGCAGAGAAGCUCGGCUGUACCUUGCCGCAGCUAGCUAUAGCCUGGUGCUUGAGGAACGAAGGAGUGAGCUCAGUGCUCCUCGGAUCCUCCAAUCCAACCCAGCUAACAGAGAACCUGGGAGCCAUACAGGUAAUUCCAAAGAUGACAGCAGGCAUCGCAUCAGAAGUGGAUCAUAUACUGGGAAAUCGUCCUCACAGUAAAAAGGACUACCACCAUUAGGAUGGACCCAGUUUUAGUGAACUAUGCUCAACAAAAGCUUAUCAAAGCUCACUUCUCACAGCCAUGGCACCAACAAGUGCGUGCCCAACCUUGCUUGUGUGCGCGUAUGACUGUGUAUGUGUGACUGUGUAAAAGUGCUCCGCUUGGCUCUUUGUCCGUACAAAGAUCAACCAGUACUCAUUAUUGUAAAGUGAGCUACUUGACGAAAAAACAUGCAUGCUACAGCUACAGCAGCCGGCCACUGGACAGAACCACAGUUUCAGCAGCGAGGUGAUUUCUGGGGUGAAAUUCUCUGACGCUUCAAAGAAAACUGUGCAGACACUGCUGAACCACACAUUUAUAUAAGCAGAAAAUUAGAUCAUGGAAAAAAAAGUAACUUACUGCAAGAUCAAUCUCAAGCCGAUUGAAACAAGCAUGGGCCAGUUAGUGAACUAUCAUGAUUAUCUGACUAAGAGUUUCCCUGUAAUUGUCGACAAACUAACACAUAAACUCAUGGCAGUGUAGAAAAUCCAUGAACGAAACGAUGUGGUGACCAGUGUUACAGAAAUCUACAUUAUUAGAUGUUUGUGAUGUAAAAAAAAAAAAAAAAGAAAAAAGAAUGAAACAAUGAUGAUGUGUUUAAUUUGGCCUCAUCUCAGCAGACCGGACGAUAUGCAGCUGGAGUUGACCUGUCAAUGUGAUGAAUCAGUACUGGAUGGACUGAAAAGAAAAUCUGCUCACAAUGUUGCCGCUAAUACCAGGAGAGCUAAGUUAAACUAAAAUAGGUUUCAAAACAUCUGUACUGACUGUUAAAUAUUUUCCUUAUGAAGCAGCUAUGACAGAAUGAGCUUCUCAUCCUCCCCCGUGUUGUAUUUUCUUUCUUUUACACUUAUGCAAAAGUACAGCUUGGUGUACUCUCCUGAUAUGCUCCUUUUCGUUUUUUGGACUAUGCCAGACCUUCUGUCAGUAACAAUCACAUCUGAUUCAUUUAAUUUCAGUCUGUGUGUUGUGGCUCAAAAACAUUUGUCAAAUUGAAGUUGGGGAGAUGAUCCUCCUGAGGGGGGAGCUUCUGGAUUUAAAAACAAAGCCAUGUAGCUAAUGAAGAGACUCAGUUAAUAAAAUAAAACCAUAUGGACCCCUGCAGUCAUUGCACCUGGAAUACACUUACAUAACACUUACCCAACCUCCCCCAUCUUUGUUACGUUCUGUCUGUUCAAACAUGUAUUUCGGUGUUGUUCAACAGAUUUGUAUAUACAAAUAAAGAGCUUAUAAUUCUCCAUGUGAUAUGUUUUGAGAACCCAUGGUAAUUUUUCUAUUAAUGUUAUAGAGGCCUUCUAAUUUUCGCGCCCCUUAUGAAUUGAAAUGAAGCUAGAGUAGAUUUAUUGUAAUUGUAAACUGCAGUAAUAAGAAAACAACCUGUGACUUGAAACACUCUGACGUAGUUACUGCUGUUUGCUGUUGGGGUUUCGUCUGUGUCUUCCUGUUUUAUAAUAAAAUAAUGUGUGAAUUAA